AGUUCUGUCACUCUCAUCCAUUCUUUACAGACUAGAUACCAAGCCAAAAUGCUGAAGAAAAGUUGCUGUUGUUCGUUACGGGCGGGAGCCGUGACCGCUGGAGUCCUUCUGUCGAUCUUGUCCUUGGCAGAAGUCGGUUUUGAGCUGUGGCUGUUGUUGUCUGGCCGGUCUGUAGACAUCAAUUACUAUGCUGUGCUGGCAGCGGUCGGGGUGGACGCGCUUCUCUUUCUGCUGAACAUCAUGCUGAUCAUUGGAGUCUGUCUGAGCCUGCCUGGGCCCAUGGCUGCGUGGAUGGGCUCCAUGUCUGUUUACGUCAUCAUCAGGCUGGGUGUGUCCGUCACCUUUACCGUGUUCGGGGUGCCGAACGCCGUCGCUACAGAUGACGGAACCAUGCGGGUGGGUGUGUAUCUCCUAGCGCCUCACUGGGUAGCCUGGAUCGUGCUUCUCCUCAUCUUCCUGUGGGCGUUCCUGACUGUGUACUCCUACUGUAAAGUUUUAACCGGGGAGGACGACAAGGAGGAGGGCGUGGCAGUUAUCGAGCAUGAGAUGGAAACCAAGAAGGUGGAUGAAGGAGUGGUAAACAAGGGUGCAGUGACUGAGGAAGCUGUCAACGAGGUCGCCAUCUUAUAGACAUCGCCACGAAGUAGCAUUGCAUCCACUACUAGCUACUCCAAAAAUAAAUUACUCGUCUCUGCUUUACCUUUUUUUUGCUGAAACUGUCAUGAGUGUCUGACAGUUUGCAGCAACUAUUAUUUUGUAAUACUCUUAUAUUUCCUUUUGUCACUUUGUCUAUGUGAUCAUACAUGUAUCACGGCGAGUUUGGCCAGUCUUUGUAUUUAACCCCCAAAAUCAUGAAUUGAAUGUACAAUUAACAUUCAACGUUAAACUUUGUAUACUGAUGUAUCUGUCCCUGAUAUGUGUCAAACAAUAGUGUAAAGAAGCCCUACUUAACAGAUGAUGUGUCAAACUGUUUGUGUUAUUGAAAUCCCAACAACAUAACAGUACUCGAAGAAAGCAAUAACAUCACAAUACAUUUUAUUCACAUUUACAUUAAGCAUUAUAGUUUGAGAAGGCUUCAUUUAUGUCCAUACAUUUUGAAUAAUUGACAGUGAUACACUGUAUCAUUAGAUGAUCAGGUACAUAAAACGUUUCUUGUAUCUUCUUAUACAUUUGUAUUUUGUCUGAAUCUCAUGUUACCUCUUCCCUCAUGAUCUCAAUGACAUUGAGCUAGUCUCCACCAGACUCCCAGGCCGAUUGGAUCC